AUGAGUAAGAGACCAAUAUCUGUGGAGGAGCUCAUUGGUAAGUCACAAUCGGCGGAAGUGAUAUCAAAGCCAAAAUUUUUGUCUAAGCUGGAGAGGCAAAAAUUAAGUCUACAGAGAAACCAAGAGAUACAAGAUAAAAAGCGUCAACAAUCAACCGUUAAUAAUGGGGCUAAAAAGAGAUAUAAUAAUUCCAUAGAGGAUAAUCCUGAACCGAAAAAGAUAAAUAAAAAGUUAAAAAAAGGUAGGAACUUCAACUUUGACUGGGAUGAAGAGGAGGAUACAUCUAAUAAUUAUCAACCACUAGUUCGAUACGAUAAUAGAACUAACCCACCUGAUCUUGGACUUUCUGACAUGCAUUGGUCCGAAAAGCAAAUAGAUGAUAUGACAACUCGGGAUUGGAGAAUAUUUAAAGAAGACUAUAAUAUAACCUCUAAAGGGGGUGAUAUUGAAAACCCAUUGAGGUGUUGGGCUGAAUCCAAAUUGCCUGCAAAAUUGUUAAACAUUCUAAUUAAAAACUUGGGUUACGAUAGCCCUACUCCAAUACAAAGGGCAUCUAUACCGUUAGCAUUAAAUGGAAGAGAUAUUGUCGGUAUAGCGGAAACUGGUUCUGGUAAAACGUUAGCAUUUUUGUUACCAUUAUUUUCGUAUAUUCUAUCUGUUGAUUCUAACUACUUAUUAUAUGAACAUCAACAAGAAUCGAAUUUUAAUAAACCUCUAGGAUUAAUUUUGGCUCCAACCAGAGAACUAGCGCUACAAAUCACGAAAGAAGCAAAACUAUUUGGAGAUAAACUUAAUUUGAAUGUUGUCACCAUAAUUGGGGGUCAUCAAUAUGAGGAAACGGUACAUAGUGUUCGUAAUGGUGUUCAUAUAGUAGUUGCCACACCUGGUAGACUAAUUGAUUCAUUAGAACGUGGAAUUAUUAACUUAAGUAAUUGUUACUUCUUUACCAUGGAUGAGGCUGAUAAAAUGAUCGAUAUGGGAUUUGAAAAGUCUUUACAAUCUAUAUUGAAUUACUUACCAGCGAGUGAAAAACUUGAAACUACUAUCGAUGGAAAGAUCUUCAAUAUUAAGAAAAGGAUAACACUAAUGUUUACGGCUACCAUUUCUCCCCCAAUUGAAAAAAUUACCAAAAACUAUCUAAUGAAACCAGGAUAUUUGUUCAUCGGAAAUGUGGGUGAAGCUGUUGAUAAUAUUAACCAGCAAUUCGAAUAUUUUGGCGCUCGUCAAUCAUCUGAUGAAAUUUUAGACCCUAAGAAAUUGGAUAAAUUAUUUAGUAUAUUGAGAUUUCACAAGGAUGAGAAUAGAAACUAUUCUAUAAUCAUAUUUGCGAAUUUCAAGAAAGCCUGUGAAGAAUUAGCGUAUGAACUAAGUAGGAAGGGGUUUUCUGACAACACAGUGAUUCAUGGAUCCAAGUCUCAAGAGGCCCGUGAACGUGCGAUUGAUAGCUUUCGUGAAGGUAAAGAUAAAAUAUUGAUUGCAACGGAUGUUGCUGCAAGAGGUAUUGAUAUACCUAAUGUCUCAUUAGUAGUCAAUUAUCAAAUGACUAAAAAAUUUGAUGAGUAUAUUCAUAGAAUUGGUAGAACAGGACGUGCAGGUAAUAAGGGCACAAGUUGUACAUUUAUUGAUGAUGGAGAUUCUGAGGUAUUUCUAGAUUUAAAAAAAUUUUUAAAUAAAGGCAAGAAAAAAUGUCCUGAAUGGUUAUUAAAACAUUCUUCUACACAAUCACAAAUAUUGCGAGAUUAA